AUGAUUUCUUGGAGGAUUUCUUUUUUGAUUUUUUCUUUUAUUAUUGCAAGUUCAGGCCUUGAUUUAUGCAAACAAUAUCAAACAUACGAAUAAUGCAUAGCUGGUGAUUCUGAAAAAUGUAUGUGGGAUAAUAUAAGACAUCUUUGUUAUAAAACAAAUGAUUAUUUAUAAGGAUGUAGUUAAUUAUUGAAUAAGAAAGCUUGUCUAAGAUAAAUUGGAGAUGUGUUUGGAGAUCUUGCAAAAUGUAAUAGUUAAAAUUAAUUUUAGGUCGUUUCACUACAAUUUGUGAAGAUAUACCUGAUUUAAAAACAGAGAAAUGUUAUAAUAAUUUAUCAAAAUCAGGAUGCUUAUCAGUUUAAAAUCCAGAAUUUGUUUGUAUUUGGAAAAAUGAUGAAUGCACUAGUUUAGGUGCUUCUUAAUGGAGUUCAAUUUAAGAGAAUUUUGAUUCAAUUUUAUAUAGUGCAUCUGCUUGUUCACAUAUUUAGAAUUAUUUGAUUAUGCAUCAUACAAUUCUUUGGAAUUUAAUAUCAUAUUCACCAGAUUUAUUAACUGAAGCUGAUAAUUUAUAUAAAAAAGAACUGGGAAUUGAAGUAAAUGAUAGUAUAAAUUAUGAUGAUCCAGCAACAGUGUUUAUGUAAAACAAUUAUAAAAUGAAUGAUGGAAAAUUUGCAUGGUACAUAAUUAGAGAAUCUAAAUCAAUUACUUUAUCAAAUUGUAUAUUUUUAUGACUAAAUUUAAUAGUGUAAAAGACUUAUAGAUAAAGAGAGGGAUGCAUAGCAUUAGAAAUAGAAAGUGAUAGUGAUUUUACAAAUAUAUUUAGUUUAACUGGUGAAGUUUAAGGUGUAAAUCAUGUAUAUUGUAAAUAUCUGAACAAUAAUCCAUCUAUUACAGAUUAAUACGUUUUUUCUAAAGGAAGUUGUUAAAUCUAUACAUAGGAAGAUUUAUAUAAUUAGGAUAAAUUAGAACUUUAUCAAUUAGAUUGUCUUUCAUUAAACAAAAUUUAAUGUGUUUAUUUUUAAUCCUUGAAACAUAAAUGUAAGAUAAGAGGUUCUGAUUAUGAAUAUCCAUGUGUGAAUAGUGAUGAUUCAAAUAGUAUAGAAGAUAAAGAUUAUACUACAAGUUCUAAAUGUUAGGGGAAAGAAAACUAUUACAUUGAUAUGUCUACACAUAAAUGUGAUAAUUGUUGCUUUGAAUAUUAAUAAAAUAAGAGUAGAAAAUGUGAAGGAUGUUAAAAAUUAAUUGAGGAUAUAACAUUACCAUUUUUAGGUUUUGCUCCACCUAAUAUAUGUAAUUAGAUAGGUUUAGGUAAAUCAGCAUGUAUGAUGAUAAUGAGUGUUUGUGAUUGGAAUAAAGUUUUAAAUAGAUGUUAUACAUUAACAAAUGAUUAGAUAUUAAUUAUGAAAUGUGAAGAGGCAUUUAAUUUUUAUGUUUGUACAAAGGUUAGUUUAAGUGAUUAAUUAUGCUAUUGGAAUUAUGAGGAAUAAAAAUGCAUAAAUAUUUUAGAUUAACCUUUAUUAAUUACUCAUGAUAUUUUUAUUGAUGAUAAUUAUUUAACUUUAUCUAAUAUAAAUUUAUGUAAAUAUAAUAUAAUUGCAGCCCAAUAUAAGGAAGAUCGCAGAAUGUGUUUAUUUAAUGAUAAAUUUGAUGAUAAUAAUUUAGAAACUAUUAAUAAAAAUUAUUGUAUUAAAAAUAUUUCAGGAUAUUGUGCUUGGAAUCAAUACUCUUAGAUUUGUGAAUGUUUUUCUGAAUCUCAAGUAAAAGAAAAGAAAUGUGUAGAUUUGAUAGAUGUAAAUGAAAAACUUUGUUAAAAAGCAAAAUUAUCAAAUGCUGACUUAACUUGUGUUUAUAAUUAGGCAACUAGUUCUUGUAUAGAAUAGAAUUAAUCAGAAGUUAGUGAAAUAGGGUGUUCUGGAAAUGGAUUAUCAGAAAAAGCAUGUGUUGAGAAAACAGUAAAUGGAGAAUACUGUUAAUAUUCUGCUGGAUUAUGUAGAUUAAUAUCUGUUGAAUAAAUUAAUUCAAUUCGUUGUACAUCACUAUAAAAAGUGAAUAAUCAAGUUUGCAAAAUGCAAUCAAUUUAUUAAGUCUUAUGUAUUUAUGAUGAUAGUACACAUUCUUGUUAUUCUCCUACAUUCCAAAAUUCAUUUACAUUUGCUUAGAAUAUAAAUAGAUAUGCUUGCUAAGCCAUUUAAAAUCAUAUGACAUAUUUUGAUGUAGAGUUUAAUUAAUGUAUAGAAUUUUAGGUAAGUGAUACAUAUUUAUUAGAAACAUUAGAUUGUGAAACACAUUUUAUUAGUAAAGAUGCAUGUUUAGAAAUUCGAAAAAAAGGAUAAAAUUGUUUUUGGGAUACAAAUUUAAAUAGAUGUAGGAACUAUACAGAAUAUUUUAAUAAUUGUGAGGAGUAUUCUAAAGCUCCAUCUAGAGUAUGUUCAGCUUUAGAAGCAAAUAUGAGCAGACAAUUUAUGAAAGAAAACUAUUGUUCAUAUACAGACAAUUCUUGUUAAAUAAAUACAAAAAUUUUAGAAGAUUGUGGAGAAUCAGAAUCAGAAUCAGAUAAAAUGAAUAUUCAUAGAUGUGGGGGAAUGACUGGUAUGAUAAGUUCAGAACCAGUUAUAAUGUGUGCAUUCAUUAAUUAAGUAUGUACAUAAUUAGAAGUUUCUACAAUGAAUACUAAAAUUUUCUUAAAUACUAUUUAAUGCAAAUAAGCUAAUUUAGCUGCAUGUACAUCUGUAACUACACCUGGAUAAUUUUGUUAAAAAGUAAAAUCUGAUGAUAUCUCAUAAAUAAUUAUUAAUAAUAAAUGUUAAAACAUUACGAUAUAAGAUACAUGUGCUAAUUUAGGAAAUAUUAGUGAUAUCAAUAAAAAUACUUGUGCUUUUGCUACGGAUGAAUGUGUCUUUGAUAAUGGUUGUACAACUCCAUCAGAUAAUUAUUAAGAAUGUAAUGCUAUCGGUUUAUCAAAAUAAUCAUGCAAACAUCAAACUCUUAAUAGCAGAUGUGCAUUUAUAAAUUAACAAUGUCAGUAUUUACCUGAAUAUCAAAUUGUAUCAAUAUGUGAAUAACUUAAUGAAAUAAGUUGUAAUUCUGUGAGUAAUUGCUACUUAAAUGAAGUUAAGGAAUGUGUACCUAUAGAUCCAACUAAUCUUCCUACUACUAUUGAUAAUAGUUUAAUUUGUUCUGCUAUUUAAAAAUAAAUAUUCUAUAGAAUAUAAGGAAACUAAUGUGAGGAAGUUGAUGAUCCAACUUAAUAUGAUUAAUAUUCGUGUGACACUGAUGGUUUAAAUUAUUAUGGAUGUUUAAAUUUACCUAAUCAAUUCUGUCAUUAUUUUAAUAACAAAUGUUAAUUCCAUUAAAAUAUUUUAUGUUAAGAUACUCCUUUGAAUUGUGAAAGUAAUAAUUCAGACAAUUAAAAAUGUGUUUUGAAAGAUGGUUAAUGUUUCUCUAUAAAUAAUACUUUAAAUUAAUGUGAUUUUUUUGAAAAAACUAACUAUUUAUUUUGUUUGUAAUAUUCUGAAUGUAUAUAUUAUGAUUCAAAAUGUCAAACAUUAUAUUAACCAUAUAGUGUAAAUAAUUGUUCAGAUUUAUCCAAUAUUGCAUUAUGUACAGUAUAAAAUAAAUAACACAAAUGCACAUAUGAAAAUGAUACUUGUAAAGAUAUGGAUAAUUCAUAGACUAUUUGCCCAUCAUUAUUAGGAUAAUAUUCUUAUAAAGUUUGUUAGAACUUCUAAAAUUGUAUUCAUGGAUAUACAAAGAGUGGUUUAGGAUUUUGUUAUUAAGGUGUCAAUUUUUCUGAUCUAACUUGUGAUAAACUACCUAAAAAGCUUUGUAUUGAAAAUCUUACUCACUUAAAUUUAAAUCUAAAAUGUUAUUUUGAUGAAUAAGUAUGUAAAAGUAUAAGUGGAUCUUCCAUUAUUUAAUGUUCAGACUUGGAAUUAUUUAAAUCAAAUUAUGAUGCCUGUAUAUAAGUAAGUAAUAAUUAGUGCAUGUAUUCACACAAUGAUAAUAGAUGUAAAUUUAUACAUGAAUAUUAUGACAAUACUUGUGCAGGAACUACUUUAAAAGAAUGUAAUUAGAUCUAAGAAACUUGUUACUUUGAUGGAUCAGAAUGUUUAUCAGCAGGAACUUCAAUUAAUAAAUAUGGAUGUAUUUAAUAAUCUGGAUUACAUAAAUAUCUUAUUGAUAAAUGUUUAGAUUUGGGAGAAUCAGAUUAUUAAAUAAGUUGUUUAAAUUUAUCAAAGGAAGCAUGUUUGAAAAAUCUAACUAAAAAUAUUCAUUGUAAAUGGAGUAAUUCUUAAUGUUCUCAUGUUCUUGAAUUUGAAAAUAAAUAAAUUACUUCUUGUGAUAAUUUAAAUUAAAGAGCAUGUUAAAAUGUAAGAUUGUCCAAUUUAUAAUGUUAAUGGGAUGAUACAAAUAAAGAAUGCAUGGAUAUAACUUUAGAUUUAACAUCAACAGAUUGUUCCAUUACUGAUUUUGAUUUAACUUCAUUAAGUUUUUGUUCAAGUUAAACAGAAAAAUGUGUUAAAAAUUUUGAAGAAAAUGGGUGUGCAACAAUAUAAGAUAUAGAAUUAAAUAGUUGUAAUAGAUUUGGGCCAAACAGAGAUUCUUGUAUCAAUUUAACUACAGUACCAUGCAUUUGGAAAGAGAUUGGAGGUGGUGGGUAUUGUGAAAAUGCAAAUUUAUAUGAAAUAACUUGUUCAGAUAUAUUAAAUAAAUAUGCUUGUCUAUAAGUUAAAACAGCAUAACAAUACUGUUAAUGGGAUAUGGUUAACAAUUAGUGUUCUGCUUAGACUCUUUCAACAUGCAGUUCUGCAAGCAAUCUUAAUGGAAACUUAGGUUGUAAAGCAAUAUAAACAGAGGCUUGUUUUUUUAAUGCACUUACUUAAAAAUGUACAAAAUUAGAUACAAUACCAACAACAUGUGAAGAUUAUUAUAAUAAAAAAGCUUGUGAAUAAUCAUAAGCAAUUUGUUCAUGGAAUUAAAAUAGUUGCAUAGAUAAAGUAUAAGUAGAAUGUACAAGAUUCUUAAAUUAAUCUAGUUGUUUGAAUAGUAAUGAAAUAGAAUGUUAAUGGAUAAAUAAUUCUUGUUAAGAUUUUAAGAAACUAAUAAAUAAAUUAUUUUGUAAAGAUUUACCUUCGAAUAUAAAUUCACCAGCUUGUAGUUCUAAUGCUAAGGACCCUUGUUAGUUUAAUGUUUAAACUGGUAAGUGUGCACCUUCAUAAGGAAUAAAACAUAACUUAGAUGAUUAUGAAAAAGUCAAAGAUUUACUUAGUAAUUAGACUUAAGAAUAUUAAUCUCCAUUACUUACAAGUUUAUGUGAAGAAUUAUAGACAAAGGAGGAUUGUAUUCGAUCUCGUAAAAAGGAUUAAGCAUGCGUUUGGUUGAAUACUUGUAAAACACUUACAUCAUUUGAUAGUUCAUUAUGCACAGAUACAUUAAAUAUUUGGGGUUGUUUAAAUAUCAAGACUUCAAAUCAAUAUUGUAUUUGGAGAGGUAAAUGUAUGAUAUGGAAUUCUUAAUACAACUUAAUGACUAAUGUUAAUAUUAAUGUUUGUAUUCAAUAUAGUGAGAAUAGCAUAUAUUUAUAGAAUUCAUGUGUGAAUAUGAGUUUAGAUAAAAUUAGAUGUUUAUCAUAAGGAAUUAGUAAAAAGACUUGUCUUGCUAUUUCUAAUGAAGGAUGUUAUUGGAAUGAAACCUCUAAUAGUUGUGCUGGAUAUUAAGGAACAAAUCAAAAAAAAUGUUCUGAUUUUAAUCAAGUGUCUCCAUUUGUUUGUUAAAUGCAAACUUUACUUGCUUGUUCUUAUGAUACAGAUACAAACACUUGCAAAGAUUCUGUUAAAAAUAGUUUAGAAACUGGUAUAUCUAAAUUAGCAUGUCUAUAAAAUACAGAAAUAAGUACUAUUUGGAAUGGAACAUAAUGUGAAGAACUGAAAACAAUUAUCAAUUGUGAUUCUAAAUCAUAAGUUAAUUCACUUGCAUGUUAAAGUGUAAAUGACAAAGCUUGUAUUUAUAACAUUAAAACAAAUUCAUGUUCAAGUAAAUUUAAUAUUAAUACAUUAAAUUGUGAUACAGAAGGAUUAAAUUUAUUAGGAUGCACUUAAGUCAUUACUGAACCUUGUAUUUAUAAAGAAAAUAAAUGUUAAUAAUUUACAGACAUUACAGCACCUUGUAUGACUAUUUCAAAUGUAAAUGCUAAGGCUUGUUCUUCUUUGAAAGACUAGAAUUGUAUGUAUGAUGUUAUUUAUAAAAAAUGUUAAAGUCCUUUACUUACUGUUGAUUUAUGUAAUAUUCAAGGAAUUAAUAAAAAUAUUUGUAAUAGCAAUACUUUAUGUCAAUGGAAUUCAGAUAAUCUUGAUUGUAAAUGUAAAUCAGAUUAAGAAUAAGAACAUUGUUAAAUAGAACGUCCAAAAGAUUGUGAAAAUAAUCCAAAUUGCACAUAUUUUAAAACUAAAUGUAUUAAAAAAUAAUGUUAUCAUUUAAAUAAUGAAUAAUGCAAAGGAACUAUGGAUGGAAAAACUUGUUAUAUUAAUUCUUCAAAUGGAUGUUCUCCUGCUAUUAAAUGUGAAGAUAUUAUAGAUUCUAGUUAACCAUGUUAAUCAAUUUAUAUUAAUUAAGUACCAUGUAUUUAAGGACAUGAUUAAUGUAUUUCAUCUAAAAAUUUUGAAUUAUUCUGCCCUUAUUCAGAUUGUUCCAAUUCUAAUUGUUUUUAUGAAUUUGGUAUUUGUAGAAAGAAAAUUUGCACAGACUAUAAAGUUGAUGAAUGUCUUUAAGUAGAAGGAUGCUUUUUAGAUUAAAAUAAAAUGUGUUAAUAAUUACCAUCAUGUUCAUAUAUUUCUUAAGAUAUUUUUGGAGAUUAAACUUUAACUGUUUGUAAUCAACUUACUUAUAAUGGAUUUAAGUGUAAUUGGUAAAAAUUUGCUUUAUUAGAUGAUACAGAAAUCUGUACCAAUUAACCAUGCGAGUAAUAUUUAAUUAUUAUUUAAUAGAUUAUAUGGACCUUCUACAACUCUAUGUUAAGGAAAUGAAAUGAAUGGUUAUUCUUGUGUAUUAUUUAGUGAAUUGAUUUGUAAACAAUGUGAACAAAUAACAGAAAAAUGUUUCUGUGAUAAAUAGACUAAUGUUUGCUCUUAUUUCAAUGGAAAAUGUCAUUCUAUUUAAUGUUCUUCUUUUCUUAAUAAAGAAUAGUGUUUACAAGCAUCGGAUCGUUGUUAUUGGAGUUCUUAAAUUACAGAAAAUAAUAUUAAAACUGAAGGAUGUGUUAAGGAAUGUGUUAAAAUUAUUGAAUCAGAAGAAUGCAACAAUAGAAUUGAUGAAUGCUAUUAUGAAUCUUUAGUUGGAUAAUGCAAAAAAGGUAAAAAAUAAAUUCCAGAUCUAAGUGUUGACUUAACAAUUGAAUAAUUCUAUAGUCCAAUUCUAUUGUCAUUAUACAUUAUGAUUAUUAUAACAUAAUGA